AUGGGUUCUCUAGCCUCUUUUACUUCAAAUUAUUUUGAUGGAGGUUGCUUUCUCAAGGCUCAGAAUGAAAUUAAGGAUUCAAAGAUCAGGAAGUUUUUUGUCAGAGCUUCAGUGGCCUCCUCAACACCAAAAAGCUUGAAUAUUUCGGAAAUCAAGGCCCAGAAAUCAGAAAAUUUCCGAAUUGGUGUGCUUGGAGCAAGUGGUUACACUGGUUCUGAGAUAAUUAGACUGCUUGUGAAUCAUCCGAACUUUGAGAUUACUCUGAUGACUGCAGAUAGGAAAGCGGGCCAAUCAGUUGGAUCUGUUUUUCCUCAUUUGGUCAUGCAGAUAGAAGGAAAGACAGUGAAGGCCCAAAUAUGGGACACGGCAGGCCAGGAGAGGUACCGAGCCAUUACAAGUGCCUACUACAGAGGGGCCGUUGGCGCACUCCUUGUGUACGACAUAACCAAGAGACAAACCUUUGACAACAUUCAAAGGUGGCUUCGGGAAUUGAGAGAACACGCGGACUCUAACAUUGUCAUCAUGAUGGCCGGAAACAAAUCCGAUCUUAACCAUCUAAGAGCCGUUGCAGAUAAUGAUGGUCAAACUUUGGCUGAGACGGAAGGACUCUCGUUCCUCGAAACAUCGGCGCUCGAAGCAUAUAACGUUGACAAGGCUUUCCAGUCUAUUUUGACAGAAAUAUACCAUAUCAUCAGCAAGAAGGCAUUGGCAGCCCAGGAAGCAGCGGCUGCCACUGCACUUCCCGGCCAGGGUACCACAAUCAACGUUAGCGAGUAUGGAAAUACCAAGAGGGGCGGCUGCUGUUCGACUUGA